ACAUUAUAUAGAUACAAAACACAAGCUCUGUGGUUAGUUUCACUAAUUAUAUAGAUGUUUUGCUUGUAAAAGUCUUGUACAAAACACAAGCUCUGUGGUUAGUUUCACAAGCAAGAGAUCCCCUAGCUAGCUAGCUCUAGGCAGUCUAUACACAGUUGGCAGGAAAGAACAGUGGAAGAUAUAAGGACCAUCACUAUGAUACGACCGCUGAUUCUUCAGCUCCUGACUGUUUUCGUUGUUGUGUGCAGCCAGGUUCAGGACAAAGACAAACUCUACAUUCUUAUACUAGCUCCGUUUUCAGGAGGUAGGAAACCACCUCCCAUUUUCUCAAGAGGCCAUUCUUUAGUCCCUGCAGUGCAACUUGCAGUGGAACACAUAAACAACUCAACUCACAUUUUACCCAACCACACUCUGGAGAUAAUUGUUGGAGAUUCAGCAUGCAAUUAUGGUACAGAAACUGCAGUUCCCUUUGUAAAACACAUUGCUGCUGGAAACAAACAGGUUCUAGGAAUAGUUGGACCAGCUUGCACUGAAGCAUCGUUGUUUCUGGCGAAUCUAACGCAGAGAAAUAGGUAUGGAAUUGUUCAGGCCAUGAUGGCAACGUCGAAUGUUUUCGAAGAUCACCAAAGAUAUCGACAUACUUUUGGAAUGGUUUCGUCGUUUAAUGUUUUGGUAGACAAGUUUUUAGAGCUUUCUGAGCGUCGAAACUGGACAAAUGUAGUUGUCUUCAUUGACCAAUCAAGAAAAUUUUUUCUACAAACUUUCAAAUCACUACAAGAGCGUGCUGUGAACACUAGCGUAACGAUAGAAUGUUCAUGGCGCCUUUCAGCUCCAGAUUAUGUGGAUCGACCUCUCGAAGAACUGAAAAAUAAUCGCAAUAGAUCUACUCGAGUGAUAUUUGCUAUCAUGAGUGCUGAGUCUGCACGUCAUGUAGCCUGUCUAGCUGACUUCAAAGGCAUUAAAUACCCGAAUUACCAAUUCAUAUUUGCAGAUCGAUCCUUGAACGGUUCUCUUGCUAUUCCUGGAGGCAGCUUCACUUCUAACGGAAUGAACUGCACUAAAGAUCGGAUAAGGAGAGGACUAAACGGUUCUAUUAUGCUACGGUAUAGUUUGGAUUCGAUUUCAUCUGAAACUUUUUUGAAUGGAACAGCAGAAAUAACAGUUGGUGAAAUGAGGAACCAGUACAGACAGAAACUGAAACAGUAUGCACAAGAACAACAACUAAGCGAGGACCUAGCGGAGUCGACUUAUGCCUAUCCUUACUACGACAGUACAUGGGCAAUGGCUAUGAGUAUACAUCAGGCGAUACAAGAAGUCGGUUCCUUUAACUCAAGCAAUCCUCUCUUUCUGAAUAACUCUGAUGGAGCCGAAUUGAUACGCCAGAAAUUUGAAGAUCUUUCAUUUCAAGGAGUGUCAGUAAAUGUCAAAAUUGACGAAGCUACUGGUCAUGUUACAAAUGUGGUUGAUGAGUAUCAAGUGAAUGGAAGCAAAGAAAUCACGGAGAACAUUUCGUACAUUGAAGACAGUUAUCAGCAUGAAUAUACGCAUCUUCAUCCUGCCCUCGUGGCGGUCCUAUUAUUGCUGAUGUUGGCUGGGUUUGUGGUGAUGCUCACGUUGCAGCUGGUCAGUAUCCACUAUCGAAAUUACUUCAGUAUCAAGGCCAGCAGUCCUCGCCUGAACCACUUCAUUUUUUUCAGCUGUUACCUGUUACUGAUAGCGAUGUUGAUAGAUACUAUCCAGCAUGGUUUUCUCACAGAAGAAUUGUCAGAGGGAAAGAAAAUAGCUGCUGAAGUGUUGUGCAAUAUUCAUGUCUUCUUAUUCCCCCUUUCUUUAUCAAUAAUCAUCAGCACAGUGUUUGUUAAGUUAUGGCGGCUUUAUAGCAUAUUCAAUCGGUCGUUCAAGAAGCAAGUUCUAAUCUCUGACAAGCAUUUGGCUCUAGUGAUUCUUGCACUGCAAGUUUGUGUGAUUUUCCUUUCCAUACCAUGGUUAAGUGUUGAUGAUGCUCGCUUGAAACUCGAAGUGAUCAGUUUCAAUAUAAUCGAGAAUAAGAAACAGUUUGAAAGUACAUGCUCAACUGAUAGGUGGUUUGCAUUUCUACCUUACCUGUUUGUUCUCAUAGUCACUAUGCUCUCGUUCUGUUUGGCUUACAAGAAUAGGAAAAUUAGACAAACCGAGUAUCGUUCAAAAGAGACAAUUGUGUUCACAUAUUUAUUUUGCUUGAUGCUUGGAGUUUUUGGUCUACUGUUAAUUCUGACUCUCCUCGUGGAUCUAACUGUACAUUCAACAUACUUUCUAAGCACAACACAGUCGUUGUGUGUAAUACUACUGUGUAACAUUGUACUGUUUUUGCCACCGAUUUAUCCAAUUCUAAGAGGGAAAGAUGUCAACAGCAAGCACCCUUUCAUCAGUGGAAGAUUGAAACAACUGUUUCACUUGACGUAGCUUUUUGUUUUAUGAUCUGCAUCACCUAAACUUAUUAUCAUGACUUUUACGCCCCGAAUAUGUGUAUAUACA